AAAUCCGAAAGGUUCGUGCCUUGAGACAGCGUAUCUUCACUGUAAACAAUGUCUCCCGUCAGGUAGAAACAGAGAGCUGGUGAGUGACAAUGUGUUGCACUAACUCACUUCGACUUGUGAGUAUCUGGAGCAUCAAUGACUUCACAACGUGUUUGGCAACAAUCCAAGCGACACUGGCGAUAAGCGCGAUAAGCCACCAUAAACCACACGCUCACCAUGGCAAACACCGACAACAUAAACGACAUAUCUGGAAACACCAUGGUUCAUCCUCUACUUCGAAUAGCGGACGACACAGUGCCGGCCGAGCCUUGGAUUUCCAAGAUGGCCUCCAUCGAUAAUUUGAUCAGAAACGGCAUCAACAAGAGCUGGAUGCUUGUCUUCAAGGGCGAAGCUGAUGGAGUGUCUCGUUACAGCGGACAUGACGAUCUUUGGGACCACGAAGGCGACUGUAAAGUCAGAUUGGGCAACCAAGAAGUCUGCUUUGACAGCAACAUCAUCUUCGAGACCAGAUCCGACGAUCUUCUCUCACUGAUAAGUGAAUGUGUUUGUGAAAGGGGCAUACACUACAUCUUCAGACUGCCGCCGCUCGGCGAGGAUGUCGAGAAAAUUAACAGAUACAAUCUCGCCAUUCGCAACUUCAUUGCAACAAUCAUACGCAAGCCCAUCAUCGGAAACACUCUGGUCUCUGCUCUUGAGGAUCUUCAGAUCGUCGCCAAACAUGUCUUCAAGCUGCAGCACCAGCCAGAGAAAGCGGCCGCUUUCGUCCAUGAUCUGGUAGAGAAUAUGAAGUUUGACAAUUUUAUCAACAGGCCUGCCGAUAUAUGCAAGUUUCUGGCCUGGACCGAAAAAACUCGUUGGUCAAGGGGAUUUGUCGAGACUUUUGCUCACUGUGUGGGCAUGCUGAAUUGUGGACACCUGGACCAAGAGUCUCUGGAAGAACUCUCGCCAACAAGUAGGGCUCUCUUAGAGCAGAGCUGCACAAAGAUGCAUUACAGUCUCAUGACUACAGAAAUACCCCUCACUGUGUUUGCCAUUGGUCCUACCGUCAUGAGAGAGGUCGAGGAUUAUGCGGGUAUCCAGCAGUCGCUCCUAGCCUUCCAGAACUUCCUUCACCGAUACUAUGCUCAGUUAUACGGAACAUGGCCGCCGCCUAUGCAUCAGAGCAGUGCUCAUUGGUUAACUCGUUCGAUGGUUCAGCGCUUGCAAAAGGAUUUUGGCAACCUCUAUGACCUUCUUGUCGACACUAACAUCCAGCGUGGAGCGGCGAAGGAUGCGGAUGCCGACUCCUUCGGCUGUGGACUUGACAGAGGCCAUCUCUUCGCCACAUGGGAUAGUCGGAAUAGUUUCGAUCCCCUGACGUACUUCGAGCCGAAGGCUCCGGUCUACUCUCCCACUGUAGUUGUAGAGCAGGAAGGCGCAAAGGGCGCCAGACGGUCAUCUCUGAUCCCGGCUGUCCAGAAGCAUCGCAACAAAGGUCCGGAUCUUCACGACAUCUACACACGUGCUACCAACGCCGAAACAAAUGUGUCCGAUUUCUGCAAAGCCUUCCAAAAUCACGAAGCCUCGAUCAAGCAUCGAGCCAUUGAUACCCACGAAGGUCGUCUUGGACGCUGGAUCGUAGUAUACUGCAUGAUGCAAGUUCUCUCCAGAGUUUCUGUUGACAUCCAAGGCCUUCGCUACACCCAGGGAGUGGAGUACUUCCUCAACGCAAACAUCAAUGGCACGCCACCCUGGAGUCCCAAUAAGCUUCCAGAAACCAUACGCGCAGCUGCUCCUCAGUAUGGCUGGGCUGCGCUGUAUGCAAGAUCCACCGAAAAGUUGCCGCAAAGAUUGAAUAGUGCUCAAAAGAAGGACACAAAGGCCAAGUUCGAAGUGAUGCAUCUGGCUGAUGGCCGCGUGAUGCUCAAGGAUCCAGAUGGCCACAUUGUGUUUAGAUAGAUUGGCCUCUAGAAAUAUUCGGGAUUGACACUUUUGUGGUCUCGAGACCCUUGACUGGCUCUGGAAAAUGGAAAGGAGGAACUCAUUACGAAUCGGCGCGCUUUGAGUCUUGAUAUUCAAACGGCAACUAUCAAGACAUGGGCAGAAUUCAUGUUCAGAACCUUACGGGACCUCACACUCGAAGGGACUACCAUCGUGUCUCAACCGAGAAGGCUCUUGCCAUAAUAUUGAAUUAG